CUCCUUCCAUCCUGCUUCGGUUUUCCCUGCCGCAUAUUUUGCGUGUGACUCUCUACGUACUCGAAUUGCUUGCUUGAUUUCUUCGUCCCACCACUUCACUGCUCUCUUACAAACUAUCAACUUUCUACCGAGAACUCUACUUGCCGUUGUGUUUACCAGCUUUUCCCACCCUUCUAUGAUUCUAGAUCCGGCCUGGUCCCGACCUUUGGCAUCCUUCGGUGUGCCCAUUGCCUCUAUCAACUCCGAGAGAGUCUUGUCGUUUAUAGCCAUCUCUUCUUGGAACUCUACCCUCGUUUCUUCUACUUCUAGCUUAUCUAUUCUCCAUCUGUACAUUUUCCUGCGUCGCCUACUCUGUAUGACUCUCGUCUGUUGUAGGGCUGUCCACACCAACGCAUGGUCUGUAGUGCCUACAUCCGUUGUGCAUACUCGUACUUCCGUCUCUUUCCCCUCAUUCUCUACGACUAUGUAGUCAAGGAUGGAGCGUUCUCCUUUUUUUAAACACUGCCUAGUCCAUUCCGGUUCUGUCUUUCGUACUCUACCGUUCAACACCUUCAUCUCGCUACUGUCAAGGAACCUCAGCAUUUCUUCCCCGUUUUUGUUCGUGGCUCCCUCCCCGUAUUGCCCGAUGGCUCCGUGUGGGUUCGUGGUUCGCCCGAUUCUUGAAUUGAAGUCCCCAACUAAAACUACUUCUCCCUUUCUCUUGAAGUUUUGUACAUCCGCUGCUACCUCCUCGAACCCUAUCUUGACGUCCUUCACCAUAUUCUUCGACUCUGGUGGUAUAUAUACAUUUCCUACGAACAAGUCCUUCCUUCCCCGUUCCCCUGGUACCCUUAUCCACAUGCUUUCGUUGAAUUUGGUGUCGCUGAUCACCUCAAUUACGUCGCACAUGUGCUCCUUGACUAAGAAUCCAACUCCCCCCUCCCCUAUACUCUUGAUUUUCUGUCCUCUCCGCAUUUUACCGAUCUAUGUGUAGCUUCCCACUUCUUUUCCUAUUUCUCCCCCGUCCUUCUCCCACGACUCUUGGACUCCGACUAUGUCCAGGUCUUUUUCGGCUGCUUGCUCGGCAAUUUCGAGUCUUUUACGCUCAUCUGUGGCAAACCCGCAUACAUACCAAGCCCCUAGUCUGAUUUCCUUACUUCUACUUUCUACUUUCCCGUGCCUUUCAGGAUACCUUCUGUCCCUCGUUCGCCUUCCCUUCUGCCUUACUUAUCCUUUCGCUGCUCCCCCCUUCCCCUACUUUGGCUUGCUUUCCCUUUUGAUCCUUUCGAACCUCCUGCCCCCCUUUCUUUUCAGCCAGCCUUGGGCUACGCCUUACUUCCUGGAUCUUAUUUGCUAUGCACACCCUCCAACCUAGUCUCCUCACCCACGCCGACAUCUUCUCUACUUCCAGUCUUUCCCAUUCUGCGCUUACUCUCCUUCCAAACGUGAUUCUAAAGUGGUUUCCUUCCCUUUCUACCCCCCCCCGUGCGAAGCAAUAUAAUCCUACUUCUUCACAUAUACUCUUGACCUCCAACCUUGUCAUGCCGAUAUUGACCCCAAGUAUCAACACUACCAGUACUGCACCUUUCCAUUUUCUCUUUCUCCACCCUUUGUGCCUUGUCGUCUCCCUCCUUAUCUCUUUCGAGACUAUCUCGUUGUUUUUGUUUGAAGUGGGAUGCUUUCAAAUUACUGGGACUUCCCAAUCCUAGUACUUGUUGAGGGUCUG